AUGAUACCCCUCACCUCCGCGUCCGGCUUUCUCGGAGCACGGCCGGCCACAUCCGGCCUACUGGUCCUCGCGGCCGCGUGCGUUUCCAUCGGGAUGGUCACGCGCCCAUUUCGUAAGACGAAGAAGGAGCUGUACAUCCCAUCACCGGGAAUAACAGUCUUGCCAAUUCUCUCGCAGCGCGAAGUCCAGAACUUGCCCUACCCCCCGGACGCUCUCCCGGGCGGAAGGAAUGUCGAGACGCCGUACGGGUCUGUUCGCGUCUACGAGUGGGGACCUGACGACGGAGAGCGGGUGCUCUUUGUACCCGGAAUCAGUACACCCAUAGUAUCUCUCGGGGAUCUGGCCCACGAGAUGGCCGGCAGGGGUUACAGAGUGAUGAUGUUCGAUCUAUUCGGACGGGGCUACUCAGAUGCCCCAAUCGACUUGAGCUAUGAUGCCCGGCUGUAUACCACCCAGAUCCUACUCGUGCUGGCCUCGUCAAGCCUGCCCUGGACCGCGUCUCCCGGCUUCCACCUCGUGGGCUACUCGCUCGGUGGCGGUCUCAGCGUCGCGUUCACCAGGUACUUCCCGCACCUCGUGCGCUCCCUGUCCCUCGUGGCCACCGGCGGGCUGAUCCGGCCGUACCACGUGGACUGGCGGAGCUGGCUGUAUUACAGCUCCGGCUCACUCCCGGAAUUCCUCGUAAGAGCGCUGGUGAAGAGACGGCUUCGCCCCCGCGCCAUGCCCGUGCACGGCACGGACAUCAUCGCUGCCGAGAGCGAGCAGAAGGUCGACGGUGACGGAGACUGCAACGGCGGCGAAGGCUUCGAUAGCGCCUUCAUCUCGAGGCGCCAGCCGGGCGUCACGGUCUCGUCUGUGGUGCGAUGGCAAGUAGAUAACCAUCCCGGCUUCGUUGGGGCGUUUCUAAGCACCAUCAGGAACGCCCCUAUCUACGCCCCUCAGGAGGACUGGGUAGCCCUGUCUUCGAUUCUUCGGAGUAGACGAAACGGCAGCGCGGGGUUAAAGCUGGGGAUUCAGGGAGGCAAGAUCCUGAUCGUGCUUGGGGAGGAUGACCCCGUGGUCGUCAGGGGUGAGACGGUAGCGGAUGCCGAAGCAGUGCUGGGGAGCGACGGUGUCCAGGUUACUGUAUUGGCCGGGGGCCACGAAUUGCCCAUGACGAGGAGUUCUGGCGUCGCGGAUGCCAUUGAAAGGUCCUGGAACGAGUAG